AUGCUGUCUUCACCGCCACCGCAGCAGCUCCUGCAGAGCCUCGACCAUGUAGCCUUUAGCAAUCAAGUCAGUGGCGAGCCACUGGAACUCCGCGUGCAGUUCGCCGACCCGACACCAAAUGGUCGCCGGGGCUCCUACUCCUACCGCGGCGUCGACUCCAGCACGUCUCGCGCCGAGCACAUCAACGCGCUGACCCGCGUCGUCAACGCGACCUCGGCCGACAUCGCCAUCAAGAACAACAUUGCCCCGAUGCCAGUCACUGUCAACAUUCUCUCACCAGAAGCAAGCAAAGAUCAGGCUGACGAGGCCGAGAAGCUGCACGACCACCUGGUCUCGGCAUCCUCAAUCGCCCACUUAUACACGGCGAUCCUGCUGGUCAACCAGGUCGUCCAGAAUGGCGCGGGUAGCGAGCUCUGGAACGUCAACGAGGCCGACGAGGCCAUCGUCGCGCUGUCCAACACCGCCAGCGCCGCGUACCGCGCCAUGAUGGGGCCCCUGAUGGGCCUGUACAGCAUCAAGAACACCACCGCUUCGACGUACAACAGGACCAUGCCGCGCGGCCAGGUCCACGGCAGGUUCCUCGACGAGUUCCUGCGCGAGUACGGCCCCUUGCCGCGCGAGCAGCUGGACGUGCUGGACGAGGUGCUCACGGACUACGUCCGGAGCGUGGGGGGGAUCCCCGUCACGCCCGAGCAGCAGUCCACCGUGGACCAGGUGUUCCGCGUCAAUCGGGUGGUCAGGGUGAACGUGUCUGGCGACGACAGAUACCCCGUGUGGGUGCUGCAGCCGCAGACGAGGCUGGUGCACUUGAAGAUCAACAUCGUCACGUGGGCGCAGGCGGUGCAGAAGAAGAACGCGAAGAGGGCGAAGUCGCAGAUGGAGAAGCCGGACGGGCGGCCACCCGGGCCGGACGAGAAUGUCAAGAUCGCCAUGGACAUUACGGUUGUGGACGCGGUGCUGAACGUCGAGGAGUACCUGCGGCACCGCGCCAAGUUUGAGGAUAUUAUUCAGACGUUGACGGGCCGGGACCUGCAUACGUUUGGAAGGUCUAUUAGUGCAGAGAGUGUGACGAGCCGAGUUUGA